CCUUUAUUAAAAAAAAAAACAUUCAUGUUAUUAAAAAGUUUGAAUAGAAGCCCUCGUGGACACACACAAGCGACUAUAAAUUAACGCUAAGCAAACAGCCUUUUCAACAUAUUCAUUCUCCUUCAAACUUCCUCACUUCCUUCCUCAUCUUAAACAAAAUCUUUCUUCUUGAGAUCAAAGAGUAAACCAUGGUAGUUGUGUUACAGCCAGUGACUCUUGAAAGCAACGUUCAUCCUGUUAACCCAAAAUGCAAACCGAGUCCGGUUUUAAUCCCGGCUGUUGACUUAACCGACCCAGAUGCCAAAACCCAAAUCGUGAAGGCAUGCGAGGAGUUUGGGUUCUUCAAAGUCGUCAACCAUGGUGUCCGACCCGAUCUUUUGACCCAGUUGGAGCAAGAAGCCAACAAGUUCUUUGCUUUGUCUCAGUCUCUCAAAGACAAGGCGGGUCCUGCCGACCCGUUUGGGUACGGUAAUAAACGGAUCGGACCUAAUGGUGACGUUGGCUGGGUUGAGUAUAUUCUCCUCAAUGUUAAUCUUCUCCUUGCCUCCACCAAAACCGCCGCCGUUUUCCGGCAAACCCCUGCAAUCUUCAGAGAGGCGGUGGAAGAGUACAUGGAGGAGAUGAAGGGAAUAUCGAGCAAAGUUCUGGAGAUGGUAGCGAAAGAGCUAAUGAUAGAGCCACAGGAGAAGCUGAGCGAAUUGGUGAAGGUGAAGGAGAGCGAUUCAUGCCUGAGGAUGAACCAUUACCCGGAGAAGGAUAAGACUCCGGCGAAGGAAGAGAUUGGGUUCGGCGAGCACACGGAUCCACAGUUAUUAUCAGUGCUCAGAUCAAACGACACGGAGGGUUUACAAAUCUGUUUGAAAGAUGGGACUUGGGUCGCUGUUCCACCUGAUCACUCCUCUUUCUUCGUUAUUGUCGGAGAUACUCUUCAGGUGAUGACGAACGGAAGAUUCAAGAGUGUGAAACACAGAGUGCUCACAAAUACAAAGAGGUCAAGAUUAUCGAUGAUCUACUUCGCAGGUCCUCCAUUGACCGAGAAAAUUGCACCAUUGUCAUGCCUUGUCCCAAAUCAGGAGGAUUGUCUUUAUAAAGAGUUUACCUGGUCUCAAUACAAGUCAUCUGCUUACAAGACUAAGCUUGGUGACUAUAGGCUUGGUCUCUUUGAAAAACAGCUUCCAUUUUCUAUAUCAAAUGUUUGAGCUAUUAUUUUUUAUACCUUUUGGUUUUAAUAAGUUCUUCUAGUUCCC